ACUGAUAACCGCCCAGAUCGCGCCACUGUUAUCCCUCAUUUGCACGAACUAUUAGUGCAAUAGGGCACAUAUAUCAACAUGGAUUACCAGAACCGCGCAGGUUCCAAAUUCGGUGGCGGUGGUGUCGCAUCGCACUCCGCAACGAACGCCGACCGUCGUGAGCGUCUGCGCAAACUCGCCCUCGAGACGAUCGAUCUCGAUAAAGAUCCGUACUUUUUCAAGAACCACGUUGGAAGCUUCGAGUGUCGUCUCUGUUUGACCGUUCACCAGAACGAUGGCUCCUAUCUCGCUCACACUCAGGGUCGCAAGCACCAGACGAACCUGGCGCGUCGUGCGGCAAGAGAGCAGAAGGAGGGGAAGAAUCAAGAUGCGCUACUCCCCGGAGCGAUGGGUGUGCAGGUGAAGAAGCAGACGCUGAAGAUUGGACGACCGGGUUAUAAAAUCACGAAAAUUCGGGAUCCGUUGACGAGACAACUGGGAUUACUGUUCCAGCUGCAAUACGACCAGAUCACUCCUGGAGUGAAGCCGCGAGUACGAUUCAUGUCAGCAUUCGAGCAGAAGGUGGAUGAGCCCCCAGACAAGAACUUCCAGUACCUGGUUGUAGCCGCGGAGCCGUACCAGUCGUGCGGUUUCAAGCUACAGGCGAGAGAAAUCGACCGGAGAGAGGGCCGGUAUUGGACUUGGUUCGAUGAAGAUAGCAAGGAGUUCUGGAUCCAGAUCAUGUUCAAGACCGAACGUGAGGAGAGAUUCAGUGGUGUCCCCGGUCUGGCACCGGCAAACACUCAAUAGUGUUUCCUGCGGCAACGUGUAUGUUUUGUGGAGAAAAGGAAAUUGUCUUGGUCGAUAUCAGAGCAGAGAGUAUGUAUCUCUAAUGGGUUACGGUUGAGGCGUUUUACGGUUGUUGGGAUCAAAGUUUGAAUUUCAAUGUCAAUAGCCCAAAAGGCGUUCUAGCGUCCGCUUCGGACGUGGCAUGGUGUAUCCAGUGCUUCGUGAGGUGAAGAGAUAGUCAUUUCUUGAAUCCGAGGGCUAGAUCAUAGCCUCAGAACAUAACUAUCCUACUACUCUUAAUGUUGAUGGAGAGCUCACCUUCUUGCGGGGUCCCCAGGCCCCGAAUUGGCUUGCUGAGGAUGACUCGAUAUAAUCAAAGCUUGUAAUGCUACUUCUAUACCAUGAUUUCAUGGCUUGCGCAGCGCCGUCUAAUGCACGGCCCAGCCAAAUACUCUACUCCACCUUUGUCGACUAGCAAGACGUAGCUCCAGAUG